AUGGUAAAAGAAUUCAUUCUUCUGGGAUUCCCUAGCAAUCGGUGUUUGCCGAUCACCCUCUUUCUGCUCUUUUCUGUAACAUACAUACUAACAGUAUUG